GCUGACGACUGCUUCUUUGCUUCUCGGAAGCUGGACGCAGUGGCCAUCGAAGCCAAGUUCAAGCAGGACCUGGGUUUCCGGAUGCUGAACUGUGGGCGCACCGACCUCGUGAAGCAGGCGGUGUCUCUCCUGGGGCCCGACGGGAUCAACACCAUGAGCGAACAGGGCAUGACCCCCCUGAUGUACGCCUGCGUCCGUGGGGACGAGGCGAUGGUUCAGAUGCUGCUGGAUGCCGGAGCUGACCUGAAUGUGGAGGUUGUCAGUACUCCUCAUAAAUAUCCAUCCGUCCACCCCGAGACCCGCCAUUGGACGGCUCUGACUUUUGCUGUGUUGCAUGGACAUAUUCCUGUAGUUCAGCUCCUCCUGGACGCAGGGGCCAAGGUCGAGGGCUCCGUGGAGCACGGCGAGGAAAACUACUCGGAAACGCCCCUGCAGCUCGCAGCCGCCGUAGGCAAUUUUGAGCUGGUUAGUUUGCUGUUGGAGCGUGGUGCGGACCCUCUGAUAGGAACCAUGUACAGGAAUGGAAUUUCUACCACCCCCCAGGGUGAUAUGAACUCUUUCAGCCAGGCCGCAGCCCACGGACACAGGAACGUGUUCCGCAAACUGCUCGCUCAGCCCGAGAAGGAGAAGAGUGAUAUCCUGUCCCUGGAGGAGAUUCUGGCCGAGGGGACUGAGCUGGCGGAGACAGCCCCGCCCCCCCUGUGCGCCAGCCGCAGCAGCAAGGCCAAACUGAGAGCCCUGAGAGAGGCCAUGUAUCACAGCGCUGAGCAUGGCUACGUGGAUGUCACAAUUGACAUCAGGAGCAUAGGUGUCCCGUGGACCCUGCACACGUGGCUGGAGUCUCUGCGGAUCGCCUUCCAGCAGCACCGCAGGCCCCUCAUCCAGUGCCUGUUGAAGGAGUUCAAGACCAUUCAGGAGGAAGAGUACACGGAGGAGCUCAUCACCCAAGGCCUGCCCCUGAUGUUUGAGAUCCUGAAAGCGAGCAAGAACGAGGUGAUCAGCCAGCAGCUGUGCGUCAUCUUCACUCACUGCUACGGGCCCUACCCCAUCCCCAAGCUCACGGAGAUCAAGCGGAAGCAGACCUCGCGCCUGGACCCUCAUUUCCUCAACAAUAAAGAAAUGUCUGACGUCACCUUUCUGGUGGAAGGAAGACCAUUUUAUGCUCACAGAGUGCUGUUAUUUACAGCCUCUCCAAGGUUCAAAGCGCUCCUCUCCAGCAAGCCAACAAAUGACAGCACCUGCAUAGAGAUCGGUUAUGUGAAGUACCCCAUCUUUCAGCUGGUCAUGCAGUAUCUCUACUACGGUGGCCCAGAGUCACUGCUCAUUAAAAACAACGAGAUAAUGGAGCUCCUGUCUGCGGCUAAGUUUUUCCAGCUGGAGGCUCUGCAGCGACACUGUGAGAUUAUCUGUGCCAAAGGCAUCAACACGGACAACUGCGUGGAUAUUUACAACCACGCCAAGUUUCUUGGCGUCACAGAGCUCUCUGCAUAUUGUGAAGGCUACUUUCUCAAAAACAUGAUGGUCCUCAUUGAAAACGAAGCCUUCAAGCAGCUCCUAUAUGACAAGAAUGGCGAAGGGACGGGCCAGGACGUGCUCCAGGACUUACAGAGGACGUUGGCCAUCAGGAUUCAGUCCAUCCACUUGUCAUCUUCCAAAGGCUCUGUCGUAUGAAAUGCCCAGCGCAGGGACUGCUCCUCGGGGACUUUCCAGUUCUGCUGCACUGGCCCCACACAAACACACAAAUUUCACUUGGCGUCUGUUUCUGGGCUGGGCCAUGGAGCUGCCUCUCCUGCCUCAGCUUCCCUUGAAUAAGCAAAGUCAGCUCCCACGGGUUCCUGUUGAAAAACAAAGGACAUUCCACUGGUCUACAGAUCAGAGCCCAGCUAGGUCAGAGCUUGAAGGUCAACAAGGGGCAGCCAAGCUAACCCCAUCCAAUAGCACCCCUGGGUAGCCGAGCAUGUUUUGAGGGGACCACCAUCAGAAGGAUGGAUUGGGAACUAAAGAUCGUUUGGGUUCCAGGUGGGCAGCUGGAAAAUCUAACUGCAGAGAAUUGUGUUGCACAUCAAGGACCGUAGUAGCUUCAGUUCAGCAAGGGUCAACCAUGAUCGCAGAUUGGUGAGACUUACCAAUAACGAAGAAAUAAUUUGACAAAUUUUUAGGGGUGGGAACUUUUUAAAAAAACACAUACACAGGGCAGCCUGUAGUUUAAAAUAUAUUUCUAAAAGCAUAACAAUUCGUUUUCAACUGAAUUGUGUUUAGGGAUCUGUGUUUUGAGAUUUUUUUUUCCUUUAAAAAAAAAACAGACACAAAAAAACACACCAGUAAGUCACAGGUCCACACUGUAUAAACCUGCAUCUGACAACUUAUCACUGACAUUCUAUACAAGGUGAAAUAAUACUCCUGCCUUAGUGAUCAUGGUUACACAAAAGAGUUGCACUGCCAAUAAUUAUCUCUCACUCAGUAGUCGAAAACAACCUGCAUGCUAAUUGUGGUUUUGGGGGGAGAUUAAAAUAGCCCCACAUAAGAAAACAUGCAUUUGCAUGGGCCAAACCUGUGAAAUGUUAUGUUUGUGCUUCAUUUUUGCCAAGGUUAAAAAAAAAAAAAAAUGUUCCAUCACAUCCUGCUAAAGGUCCAUUGGGUGAAAUGAACAUAUCCAUUUCUUUUCCUAAUUAUGAAUGAUUCUGGGAUGCUUUUGAGAAAUGUGUUCAUAGAUGAUGCUGAAUGGGGGGUGGGGGAGCACGUCAGAGAAUUUACUAGUUAUCCCAGGGUUUUCUCUGUAUUUGCAGAAGAUGUUAAUAGUUUGUUACUAGCCAGAGACUAUGACUACGUUAGAUUAUUUUUCAAGAUGAAACCUGUAUGAUAGGACGGCUUCUUUCUGUAUUCGGAGAGUGUACAGUAUAGGGUUAUCUAUAAUGAAAGUUUAUAUCGACGGGGUUCCGUUUGCUCUGCCGUAUAUUAUAAGCAAAAGAGAUUGGUGAAGUGCCACAAUAUUCCAGAUACAAUUUUUGAGUUGCUGCCUUUUUUCUUGCCCUUUCCUUUGAAGCCUAGAUACAUGCAAUGAAAGCUAGGAGAAUGACUUUUAUCCCUGGAGAUGGCAAAGUUUCGUUGAUAAACCUAUUUCCUAGCAUGCCUUUGGGAAGCUGUGCGCAGACCCUAAAUUUCAAAGGAGCUGCUGUUCAUGCAUCGUACCUGUUCCCUGAGCCACUGUUCAGAGGACCGACGUCGAGCUCUGUUUCACAGGCAUGACGGUGGAGAGCCCGGGCCACGUCUGUCUUCAGUAUUGGUCCUACUGUGAUGCCGAUACACAAGGCCUCUCUUCCACUUGGUCGUUUGCAAACCUCCUCAGGCCCACACAACCAUCAAAUGAGGGGAAAAAAACAACCGCGGAGGGGUCCUGGCUACAGACACACGGCAUGUGCGUGGCCCGACACUGUCUCCUGCCUCCUCUCAGUCCUCGGAGAUGCUGCGUGGAUGCCCCCUUUCACCGCCACUGACUUGCCUGUGACUGUCUGAUGCUGUCGGGGCCUCCGGGCGUUGACUUGUACAGUGGCAACUCCGUACGGGCUUCUGUUAUAGUUUGGUGUGCUUUCUCUGUCAUUAAAAAAAAUGAUUUUCCCAAA